GAAGUUGGAACUUGACUCUGCACUUGCACUAUCUCUCGAUUCCAUCUGAACCCAUGGCGGACGAGGACGAUGUUUACUCAGAUGAAUCAGAAUCGUAUUCGGAGGUGAGAUCUGCUUUGGAUUUCUUCGACAGAGAUCGACACAUCUGCUACUUACGAAUGAUGCUGGAGGUAUUGCCCGCAAAGUACCAGGGGCAGGAGAUCAACCGCUUAACUCUAGCGUAUUUCGCCAUCUCUGGUCUUGAUAUACUCGACGGCCUUCAUCUUGUUGAUAAGGAAGGAGUGAUCAAUUGGGUUCUAUCUUUACACGCUCAUCCAAAGAAUGAGGCUGAACUGGAAAAUGGACAGUUUUAUGGAUUUCAUGGCUCUAAAAGCUCUCAGUUUGAUUCUAAUAGUAACGGGGGUCUCAUCCCUAAUGGCAGUCAUUUGGCUAGCACUUACUGUGCUCUUGCUAUUCUGAAGACUGUAGGGUAUGACUUAUCGCUCAUUGACUCCACAUCCAUAGUGAAAUCAAUGAGAUCGCUUCAACAGCCUGAUGGAAGUUUUAUGCCUAUCCAUACCGGGGCAGAGACAGCAGAUCUCAGAUUUGUAUAUUGUGCUGCUGCAAUCAGCUCCAUGUUGGAAAAUUGGGAUGGAAUGGAUAGAGAGAAAGCCAAAGAGUACAUAUGUAAUUGCCAGUCAUAUGAUGGUGGAUUUGGCUUAACUCCCGGUUUAGAAGCCCAUGUAUCACAGGUGGGGCCACUUAUUGUGCAAUUGCGUCUCUCCGGCUAAUGGGGUUGAUUGAAGAUGAUUUGUUCUUAAAGACGGUAUCACCGUGCUUUAUUGAUGUCCCUUCACUUCUUGACUGGGCCUUAAAGAGGCAGGGACCUGAUGGUGGAUUCCAAGGAAGACUGAACAAACCCAGUGAUACCUGCUAUGCAUUUUGGGUUGGAGGAGUCCUGAAGAUCUUAGGCGCACAGAAGCUGAUUCACAAGAAGAGUAUACACAACUUUCUUUUUACGUGUCAAUCUCAGUAUGGUGGGUUUGGUAAAACUCCAGGAGAGCUGCCAGAUAUUUACCAUUCCUACUAUGGGUUCUGUGCCUUUAGUUUGCUUGAGGAGACAGGGCUUCCUUCCAUCUGCAUUGAGCUAGGAAUAACUAAUCGCUAAGCAUUCUUUGUCAAUUUUUAUCCAACUGAUGACGAUCUGUUUCUUUCAUAGCCAUUGUAUCAUUUGUAUGUGAAAACAUUGUUGACGAAAUGUUUGUAAUCUUAUGCACUCCUUUCUGCAUAGUUAGUUUGUCGACCUAAUUAUAUUGUCUUCAAAUGUAAGAGCUGAUAUACAAUUCCCCAUACAUAAUACGGUUUGUAUGAUGUAUUUUCUGUCCUGUUAUCAACUUACACAAGUACAUUUCUCGCCAGUGAUAUCAAACAGAUCGUCA